AUGAAGGUCACUGUCGCCCUUGCCGUUCUCCCUCUGGCACUCGCCUCGCCUACCUAUGGCACUCAAAAGCCAAAGCCAGCGCCAGGCCUUGCCGACCUUGCCAAAAAGGCAGGCUUGAAGUACUUUGGCACCGCCAUCGACAACGUCGUGCUCGACAACAAGCAGUACACCGACAUCGCCUUCAACAAGUCCGAGUUCAACCAAGUCACGCCCGCCAACGGGCAGAAGUGGAUGUACAUUGAGCCGGUACGCAACGUCUUCAACUACACGCUCGGCGACCAGAUCGUAGUCCCCAGCAAGAAAGCCGGGCAGCUGCGGCGCUGCCACAAUUUCGUGUGGCACCAGCAACUGCCCACAUGGCUGACGAGCCAAAAAUGGAGCAAGCAAGAGCUCCUCUCGAUCCUGGAGAACCACAUCAAGAAGGAAGCGCGCCACUACUACAACGACUGCUACGCAUGGGACGUGGUCAAUGAGGCCUUCAACGACAACGGCACGUACCGCAGCGACAUCUGGCUCGACACCAUCGGCCCCAGCUACAUCGAGGUCGCGUUCAAGUUCGCGAGGAAGUACACAGCGCCGGGCACGAAACUGUACUACAACGACUACAACAUGGAGACGGUUAACAACAAAACGCUCGCGGUGCAAGCGCUGGUCAAAGACUUCCAGGCGCGCAAGAUCCCCAUCGACGGUAUCGGGCUGCAAGCGCACUUCAUAACGGGCAGCUCGCCCAGCUACGCCCAGAUCCGCGCUGCGCAGCAGCUGUACACGUCGCUAGGGCUGGACACGGCGCUGACGGAGCUCGAUGUGCGGACUGCGCUGCCCGACGACGCGGCCAAGCAGGCGACCCAGGCGCAGAACUACGCCGACUCGGUGCGUGCGUGUGUCGACGAGAAGCGCUGUGUCGGCGUCACUGUGUGGGACUUUUGGGACCCCGUCUCUUGGGUCCCCAGCACGUUCCCGGGACAGGGGAAUGCGACGCUGUAUAAUUCGGACUUCAGCCGCAAGCCGGCGUACUAUGCUGUUGCGGAUGUGCUGAAGGCCGCUGCUAAGUAG